CCUACAUUCGACUCGAGUCAUUACUGAAUCUUUCAGCGUUUCCACAAUACAAUGUCCACGUGGUGGCGCGCGGCUGCCGGAAGCCUCAAAAGAGCGGCGGAGACUCCCAAACUCCGAUCUUACCAUACCAUCCAAGCCAUUCCAAGAGAGGUCACAGGAAGCAGAGGCUCCGCCAGAGACAGGGCCCAAGGCCGCAUCCCGGCCGUCGUAUUCUCUCAAACAAAGCCGGGCGACCCCACGUCCAUUUCUCCUUCGUCAUCCGUCUCCAGAAAACGCCUCCUCACCACCGAGAAGAAGCAGAUUAAAGCUAUUCUUAACUCUGUUCAGCUCCCUUUCUUUUAUUCAACCACAUUUCCGCUCCAAAUCCGGGCCGGGUCGGGUUCUUCUACUUUGAUUGAGUCCGGCAGAGUGCUUCCCAUCAAGAUUCAUAGAAAUGAAGAGACAGGGGAGAUAAUGAACUUGGUGUUUGCAUGGGCCGAGGAUGGAAAGGAAAUAAAGGUGGAUGUGCCCCUCGUCUUUAAAGGGGAAGAUGUUUGUCCCGGGAUUCAAAAAGGAGGUUAUCUACAUAUUGUGAGGAGGAGUCUAAGAUAUUUAUGUCCAGCUGAGCACAUCCCUCCAAAGAUAGAGGUGGAUGUAAGUAAACUAGAUAUUGAAGAUAAAAUACUGAUGCAUGAGAUUGAUGUUCAUCCAACCUUGAAGCUUCUGAGUAAGAAUGAGGCGAUGCCUGUGUGUAAGAUUAUGGCUUCAAAGAUGCAAGACUCGGAGAGUGCACAGUAGGCAAAGCAUGAAAUCCCCAGGCUUGCUGUGUUGACUUUGGCUUAGAAUGCUCAAUGAACACACACACAGAUGAGUCAGAAUGCUCAAUUUUAUUCUGGAUGUAUGCAUUGGUGGGUUCCUACUUGGAUGUUCAGUGCUGGUGAAUUGCUCGUGUAAUAUUUCAGCUAGAUAGCAAUUGCAGACGCUUUUAGUUCAUCUACGAAGAAUGGUUGUUGAGACAGUUGGAAGAAAAUUGAAAAAACGACUGAUAUGUUCUAAUUGUAUGGUGUUAAUCCCCUGAUUAGCCCGACAACCAAUGAAAAUUUUUGCAUCUCUACAUGCAACAUUUGUCUGUUUAAAGUCCUAGUGCAUUUGGAGGCAUGUCAAGUUUGGCUAAUGUGUCAAGCAUAGGAAUGAAACUUUCUAGAUAGGAGUGCCUGAUGAUGUGCUAGAUUAUUGGGCUUCUAUGUUGAUAAGAUGGACACUUUCUAGAUUGGUGUGCUUGAUGAUGUGCUAGAUUAGUGGGCUUCUUCGAUGUUGAUAAGGUGGACUGUGUCCAUGAGACCCAGUCUGUUGGCGGCAGCUUUCAUUGGCGGACUGCUUUUGUGCGACUUGGAAGAAUGAGUACUUAUUCGCCACACGGGCGCAUUAAAACUC